AUGGCAACAACACCCAAUUCUACCAUGGCCGAACCCAAGAGAGAAGUCAAGUACAUCAGCACCGUCGAUGCAUACAACCAAUGGGCAGAGAUCUACGACACGGACGGGAACUUCCUACAGGCCCUAGAUACCCUAGAGAUGAAAACGCUGCUGCCAACAUUCCUCUCUCUGAGCAAUGCACAAGCCGAGAAUGCAAGAUACGUCGACCUAGGCUGCGGGACAGGGAGAAACACACUGCCUCUCGCCCAGCAUGCAACAAAGGCAGCCAUCAUCGGCCUGGAUCCGUCAAAGGGGAUGCUUGAGCUCGCGCGUAAGCGUACGGCAGCCAUCGACCGCGUGAAGUUCGAGACCUACGACAUGCUUGCAUCUAGUGGUCCGCCGGAAUGUACACUCGAGGCCGACGGGAUCAUCUCGACGCUGGUGCUGGAGCAUGUGCCGAUGAAGGACUUCUUUACAGCGGUGGCAUCCAUGUUGAAGCCCGGGGGCGUCCUGCUGAUAACGAACAUGCAUUCUGAAAUGGGCGGCAUCAGCCAGGCUGGGUUCACUGACCCCAAGACCGGGAUGAAGAUCAGUGGUACAAGCUAUGCACAUACGGCAGAGGAGGUCGUCGCAGAGGCUGCUCGGUUUGGUCUGGAGCUGGCGGGAGAGAUGAAGGAGGUGACGGUGGAUGAGAAGCUUGCUCCGUUGCUGGGGCCGCGGGCUUCGAAGUGGAUUGGCAUCAGAGUGUGGUAUGGAGGCUGUUUCCGAAGGAGUGACGGUCUAACGAGAGAAGAGAAAGUGUAG